GUCCAGUGUACACGCGUUUCCCUUCAGCGUUAGAAGCCUCUGAAAACAGCACUUUCUCAUCCGUUCUUCCACCUCCAUUUCUUUCCAUCCUUUGUCUUUUUAGUGUGCAAACUCUGCUGAUUUCCCCGAGUGUCGCCGUUGUCUCCGUAUCUCUGUGGCGCGUCUGGCCCGGGGAUGACCCGCUGCGCUUCGCAGACUCACAUCCAGGCUUACACCUUCGAAGCUCAGUGUGUGUCAACUCCAUGUGGAUUUUGGUAAAUGUUUCCUUCUUAAUAACUGGACACACUUGCUCAUGCGCUUCAUUGAAGAGAGCCGUUUCUCGAGGUCCGGCUCCUCUUCCAUUUCCUCUUCACCGCCUCUUUGGCAAACAUGGAGACCAACGGCACUGACGAGACAACCCAGACUCCACCUGAGUCGGCCUCGCCUCUUCCAAAGGCCGCAGGAGAAGAAGAGAAACUACCACGCUCUUCAUCCCCCUCUCUCCCUUCAUCUGUCUCGUCUUCCUCUUUUCCUUCCGCUCUAUUUCCUCCCUCCUCUUUGUCUGUGACUUCGCCUCCUCACGCCCAGCAGACUUCAGUGCCUCACGCAGCUUGUGAGUCGCUAGUGGCCUCACGGAACGAUGGCUUCACAAGAUCCUCCUCCUGUAAUCCCCUUCCCUCAUCUCCCCCCUCUCCCUCCUCUCCCCUCUCUCCGCGGUCGAAGACUUCUGCUUUUCAAGCAAACUGCCAACCGCUGUCCUCUUCGUCUCGGCUCUUUCGUCACCACCCUCGUCGCAUUGCUUCUCCUGCUUGUUCUCUUCAACAACUUCUAGCUGCCCCCCCUCUACCUCCUCUUCGCCUUGACCUUCUUCCUUCUUCCUCUUCUUCCUCUUCUUCCUCAUCUUCCUCUUCCUCUUCUUCCUCUUCUUCCUCUUCUUCUUCGCUUCCGCGAACGCUUGUUCUGGCUUCUUCUCCCUUGCUGUGCGACCCAGCUUGCCAGCGCUCUCUGUGGAGAAAUCGCUUCGACGUCGCUGCCUUUCCGCGACUUCAGGGUGGCUUCCCAGACUGCGCCAGACUGGACAGACGCGCCGCCAUUUCGACGGAUGUGAAGCCUCUCGGCGGCACCUCUCGCAGUCACAGGGGAGACCGAAACUCUCCCGCUGAUCCUUGUCAACAGCGGAGACCAUCUCACGCCUCGACAAAGCACAUGCCUUCCUCGCCGCCACCUUCUUCUGCUCCUUCGGCAUCUCUCUCUUCUUCCUCUUCUUCUUCGCACGAACCUGCUCCUUCUCGUUCGAGCUCGCCCGCUGCUCCACGCAAUGAAAAGCGAGAGAAGCCUGGGAUGUCUCCUGAACAGGAGCCGCCUGCAAGGAAGAGGGCGAGGAAGGCGAACGACCGGAGACAUGUGGGGUCCGCCGCAGAAGCUACGACGCAGAACGGUGGCCCGGCGUCUGCGCUAGACAGCAGCGAAGAGCAGACAGAGUCUCCGCAUGCAACCGGCGCCCACAAGCGACUCUGCUCGGAACGAACAGGGGAAAAAAUCGGCCUAACGGCCUCGAGGAAGACCCGCCUUUUGGAGGACUGCCUCGUGGACUGGUUGGAGCUGCAAGGCGGCCAGCCUCAAGGCCUCGAACUCCUCGACACUUGGGCUGCAGCAGCGGCUUCAUCGGCGGCGCCAGUUCGCAUUCUCCUUCCUCCCCCUUAUCAGGUUUCUGACAGGCGACCUCAAUAUUCGGUUCCCUCCCUCGCGUCACAUUUGUCUUCGCAGCGACGCCUCUCUUUCUCUCCUCCAGUCCAAGCUGAUCAGGCCAUGUGUCUUCCCGACGGCAACUCCUGCGGCUCCCCCGCAUCCACUCUGCAUCCCCGUCCUCACGCGUCCAGUUCUCCCGCUGCCUGUACCCAAACUUCCACGGUAAUGCCUCAGUCUCACGGGCCUUCCUCUUCUUCGUUCUCUUCCUCUCCUUCUUCUGCUUCUGCUUGUUCUUCCCCUGUUUCGUCAUCCUCGUCUUCCUCGUCUUCCUCGUCUUCGUCUUCUUCAUCUUCUUCAUCUUCUUCAUCUUCUUCUGUCAUGUCUGACUCGUCCUCUUCGCUUGCUGGGUCUGGCUUUCUCCCUGCAUGCAGAACGUCGGAGACGGACGCGGAGACGCUGCUGUCUCUGCUUCGGCGGCAGGUUCACCAGCGGAGUGUCACGGCGCCUUCUGCGGUGUUGAAGCAACAGCUUCAAGAAGAAGAAGCUGACCUUUGUCUGUCGCCGCCUCUGCCCCUGCUCCAUCGACAGCUGUUUCGGUCUCUGGAUCCGAACAUAAGCUCAUUUGCGUCCAGAGGGAUCCCUGUCAUGUCUUCAGGAGCAGGAGGCCCUUCGAGUGCGACAUCCGGAAUUCCGCCGCUGUUCUUCGACGCUCGCUUGAAACGCAAACUGCUGCGGUGUACGCGCAGGAGUUUCCUCGCUCCUGGAGCCUGUCGUCUGUCUACGAGCAGCGCAGACAACAAGUGGAAGAUCUACAGAAACUUCCUCUUCAUCAAGAGUCGCUUGUCCGGCAUCGCCACAGGGGAAGUCCCCCUCGACCCCGACGGUGUCGCCGCCGAGCGAGGCGUCUCUUCUGUCUCUGCGGGCGUCGACUCGUCCCACACGAACAAGCGCAUGGGCGCCGUUCAGGAUGUCCCCAGCGUUUGUCAAGCUCCAAGCAGAAGCGAGAAAAACGGAGAGGUGCAGAACCAUGCCCCGGCGACUGCGGCGCCCUCGGCCUCUGCCGCCGACUCUGGGGCCGCCUCGACUCUCCCUCUGCUCCAGUCGGCAGCGAAGCGCGUUCGGCUCUCCCAGAAGUACAGACAGGCCUCUGUGCGCCUCAGUGGGGACGGACGCUCGGCGUCCAUUGGGUGGGGGUGCGGCACUGUGUUGGCGACUCACGGAUGCGGAGGAGGCAGUUUCUUCUUCGAAGUGAAGAUCGACCGACUUGGACUUGUGCCCACGAACUCGAGGAAACGCGACAGACCUGACAACGCAGCCUCCUGCUGGAAGCUCCGGAAAGCCGCGCCUCAGGAGCGAGUCCGCCCCUCGAAAGUUGACCCUUCGACAGGAGACACCGCCGACGAAGCGAAGGAAUCGAAGCACGAGGGGAAAAGGAAGAACAAGGGAGAGAAGAACAAGGAAGAGAAGAGCAAGGAAGAGAAGAACAAGGAAGAGAAGAACAAGGAAGAGAAGAGCAAGGGCGAGAAGAACGCGAGGGAUCAGAGCGAGGGGGGGGCAGGGGUGUCGGAUGGAGAGGCCGAGCGAAUGUCACGGGAGACGCAGGAGGUUCUGGAGAAGGAUCUGGCCUUUCACAGAGAAAAAGAGAGGGUGAGAAGAAGAAAAGCUCGCAGCGAAAUCCGCGUGGGAUGGACGACUCGGCAGCAGCCGCCGAGCUGUCCCCUGGGGUCGACGGUACACAGCGUCGGCUUCCGCAUUCUUGGAGAAGAAGGGGAGUCGGGGCUCCACGGCGGGGUCAUGUGGGGUGGCGGGGAGGUAGUCUACGGCGCGCGAGCGAAAGAAGGAGAUGUGAUUGGCUGCUUUAUUCACCUGGAGGGGCGGCGGGCCGCUCUCUGUGGAGGUGAGAGAGAGAGGGAGAAGGGAAGAGAAGGAGCAUGCGCGAGUCCGAGUGAGAGACGCGGCGGCGGCGGCGACGGCGACGACGUCUACGCAGUUCGGACGCUCGCCGACAUGGACAGUCUCAGCCAAGGCUUCUUUCGAUACGCGAAGGCGCCGCAGCCACCCAAUACGUCUGCGGCCUUCUCUGCCGACGCCGCCGACAUCUGGAGCUCAGGAUCGUUUGUUCAGUUCUUUGUGAACGGGAAACCCCAGGGCGUCUGCGUCUUCAACGGAGGCAGUGACUACCUGCUGCGACACGGCGAGUACUUCCCCGCGAUCUCCCUCCUCAACUGGGGUGUAUGUACAGCCAACUUCGGCCCCUCCUUCCUGUUCCCGCCCCAGAAGGUCCAGCGUCCUUUCCUGCCUGCGUGCCUCCUGCCAGUCCCGCGCCUGCCGCCGCUGACAGUCGACGUCUUCCCCUUCCUCGUCUGCGAGGACGCGCUCUUCCUCGACCGACAUGCGAAGCUCCUGCGCCCCAAGACCCUCGCGGACCUCUUCGAAGCCACCCUGGGGUGUCCGAAUGUCCGGCGAGGCGCAGACAGAGCAGAGAGGACCAAGAAGCUCUGCGAGGGAGUGGAGGAGACGCAGGGAGAAGAAGAGACAGAGGGGAGUGAGGCCCGGCUCAGCCGCGUCGUGCGCCGCCUUGCUGUCCCCGCCAAGCAUCUUGCUCAACUGCAUGCGGGCUGGAAGAGAAAUCGUGAAGCAGAACGCCUCCUCGAGAGUCUCGGCCGCCACGCCACACUCCACCUUCUGCACUCCUGCGCACUCUUUCUUCUGCAUGCGCACCGCCUGAGUUGUGAAGACCGAAGACGCGAGGCAGAACGCGAAUGCGAGAAACAGCGACGAAACAGCCAGGAAGGCAAGAAGAAGGACCUGCAUGAGGAGGGCGAGAAGACGAAGAGGGAGGAGACAGCGAGCGGGGCGAGGAGACAGAGCGUAGAAGGAGAGUCGGGGACGGGUGGCAGGGAAGCCGAAGAGAAAACACCACAGAAAGAAAAAGUAGAAACAUGCGGAGAGGCCAAGCGCGAGCUCGAACGGGGAGAAGAAAGAAGAGACAAUGACGUUGCCGCCUUGUCCUCUUCUUCACCACAGCGAGAGGGAUCGCGACCGAUUCAAGCGGAGGAACACCGUGUGAGGAACCCUCGAAAACGAAGGCGGAGAAGCCGUCUCUGGUCUCGCUGGAGAUUUGGAGGCGUCGAAAGCGGCGGAGACUCUUCCCAAGACUCCGAAUUCGAUACCUUCAGUUCUGAAGCGUCCAGCGUCUUCUCAGACGACUCCGCGGAUGACCUCGAAGACGAUGCACGGCUUCGCAAUCCCCACACAAGUGGCGCCUCGUCUUCUUCGGGGGCUCUCCAGCAAUCUUCGUCCCUGGCCUCGCCUGCCUCUCGCUGCAGCUUAUGCGAGCUUGCGGCGUCGCCAACGACCCCACAGAUCUCGUUGGACGACCCCGGCGGGGCCUUGCCUUCGUUCUUCCUUCCGCGCGCCUCUUCACUGUCUCCGCUGCUCCUCGCCUUCCUGGAACGCGAAGAAAGCGGCUGGAGUCCAGUCGACGCCGCGCGACUUCUCGCCUCUGAGAAGGUCCACCAGCUGCGUUUGAAGCGGCGCGCAGCUGUGGGGUCAGGUGUCUCCGCGGAGACACCGGCCGCGUCUUCCCCGCAGGCUCCACCGCCCGCCGUAGACAAGGCAGAGAAGCGCGGCGGGCCGAUGAAGAGGGGGCGAGGGCUGCGAGGCGAGAAGGGAGGCGCGCAAGGCGCAGGGGCGUUGCGGAAGCUGGAAGAGCAAAAGGCAGACCUCGCGCUGCGCCGCUUCUGGGGAGGCCGCGUGUAUGCGGCUGAUGAGAGAGAAACGAUUCAGGUGGGGAAUGUUCCUCUGGAAGUCCCCGCGUUCUGGAUCACAGGUGAAGCCCAAGAGGAGUUCACAAGCGGCGAUGGCGGAGAGACAAAUCCCGGUCAAAGAGAGAAACUCGAGGGCCUCGAGAACCCGCAGGCUGCGACCCGAGAUGGACGAUCGCCUGUAAGUGCUGGCCACGCUCCCGGCUACGGUCGAGACAGAAAAAACGACGGCUCUGCGGUGUCUGUACCCCGGAAGCGGCCAGCGGCCAAAGCGCAGCGGCCGCUCGCGGGGUCGGCGUCCGGCUCCGAGCUGGACUGUCUUGGCUUUUUGCAAAGUUUUCUGGAGAGACAGCCGGAGCGCGGCGUCUGUGCGUGGCGAGAAGAAGACGAGGAAGCGCGGGCUCUUCGACAGGCAGAUUGCAUCAUGCGGAAACUGGGACUGAGAGCCGUCGACAUCCUCGAAGGCAUCGGCGCGAAAACUCAGGUGUACGUACACCAGUCCGGUCUCUGCCAGGCGCUGGUCAAGUGGAGGCAAAUGGGAGCGAAGGCCCAGGGUUUUGACCCCGACGAAGUGAAGGAACUCGCCUCGCGCUUCUGGCUUCAGCAGCAUGCCUGCCACUUGCCUCUGUAGGAACAUCGCGCAAGGAUGAGUUGUGUUUGUGCGUUUCAGUCGACACCGGGUCGUCCAUGCUCGACGCUACGGAGGUGACUGUGUAGACGAACAGAGACGCUGUGCCUCGGAAAAUUCGCUUCUGGCAUGUACACAAACC